ACCAUUUGUACUUUUGUGUCAUCAAUCCUUAGCUUUCACAAUGGCAAACCCCGAAAACAUAACACUUCUCUUGCUUAUUAUAUACCUUUUUGCCUUUCAUCCAAUUUCAGCUUCCCAUUUCAACACUACAAAGACCCAUUCAUUACUGCUUGCAAAGAAUUUGCGAGAAGCAAAUGAAUUGGAAGUGGCUUCUUUGUUGACAUGGAAGUCCAGCCUUGACCUCAAAAGUCAAAAACUGUUGUCAUCAUGGGUUGUUGGUGGCAGCCACUGCAAUUGGACUGGAAUUAACUGUAACGUUGAUGGAAGCAUUACAUCCUUGAACCUUACUGGAUAUGGUUUACAAGGUACGCUCAGUGGCCUAAACUUUUCAUCCUUGUCCUCUUUAGAAAUUCUUGAUUUGUCUGCCAACUCUUUCCAUGGUAACAUUUCUUUUAUUGAAGAAAUGUUCAAUUUGCAAAAUUUAACAAUUUUGGAUCUUGGCGAUAAUCAAUUUUUGGGACACAUCCCUCAAGAAAUUGGGUCGUUAGUAUCAAUUGUGGAGUUGGCACUGUACAAAAACUCUCUCAUUGGCCGAAUUCCUACUUCAAUUGGGAACUUGAAAAACUUGAAACGGUUGUAUCUUCGCUACAACAACCUUUUAGGUAAAGUUCCUCCAGAAAUAGGAAACCUGUUGAUGUUGGUACAUUUAUCUCUAGCUAAAAAUCAACUAUAUGGAUCCAUUCCUAGGGAGUUAGGAAAAUUAACAUCUCUUCAAGGGUUAUGGUUGUAUUCCAAUAAUCUUAAUGGCCGAAUUCCUAUCUCACUUGGGAACUUGCAAAAUUUAAAAUUCUUGUCUCUUUACACCAACAAUCUAUCAGGCCAUAUCCAUCAAGAAAUUGGAUUGUUAAAAUCUCUGGUAGUGUGUGAUCUUUCAUCAAAUGCUCUCAUGGGCCAAAUCCCUCUGGAAAUAGGGAACUUGUCAAUGUUGGUAAAUUUAUCUCUAUGGGGUAAUCAACUCUAUGGAUCCAUUCCUAAGGAGUUAGGGAAAUUGACAUCUCUUCAAGGGCUAUGGUUGUAUUCAAAUUACCUUAGUGGUCAAAUUCCUAUCUCACUUGGGAACUUGCAAAAUUUAAAAUUCUUGUCUCUUUACACCAACAAUCUAUCAGGCCAUAUCCCUCAAGAAAUUGGAUUGUUAAAAUCUCUUGUUGUGUGUUAUCUUUCAUCAAAUGCUCUCACGGGUCAAAUUCCUCCAGAAAUAGGGAAUUUGUCAAUGUUGACAAAUUUAUCCCUAUUUCAAAAUCAACUCUAUGGACCCAUCCCUAAAGAGAUAGGGAAAUUGAGAUCUCUUCAAAGCUUAAGGUUGGACUCAAAUAACCUUAGUGGCAAAAUUCCCACCACAAUUGGAAAUUUAAAAAGGUUGAAAUGGUUGAAUCUUAAACACAACAAUCUAUCAGGUCAUAUUCCUCGAGAAAUUUGGUUGUUAAUUUCACUUGUAGAGAUUGAUUUCCGAUCAAAUGCUCUCACAGGUCAUAUUCCUACUUCAAUUGAAAACUUGAGGAAUUUGACUCUAUCAGGUCAUAUUCCUCGAGAAAUUUGGUUGUUAAUUUCACUUGUAGAGAUUGAUUUCCGAUCAAAUGCUCUCACAGGUCAUAUUCCUACUUCAAUUGAAAACUUGAGGAAUUUGACUAUAUUUUAUCUUGAUGAGAAUCAAUUUUCUGGCAAUAUUCCUCAAGAAAUAGGGAACUUGUCACAAUUGGUAUAUUUAUCUUUACUUGGAAAUAAACUCUAUGGACCGAUCCCUAAGGAGUUAGGAAAAUUGGCAUCUCUUCAAGGGUUAUGGUUGUACUCAAAUAACUUUAGUGGUCAAAUUCCUAUCUCAGUUGGGAACUUGCAAAAUUUAAAAUUCCUGUCUCUUUGCACCAACAAUCUAUCAGGCCAUAUCCCUCAAGAACUUGGAUUGUUAAAAUCUCUUGUAGUGUGUGAUCUUUCAUCAAACACUCUCACGGGCCAAAUUCCUCCGGAAAUAGGGAACUUGUCAAUGUUGGUAAAUCUAUCUCUAUGGGAAAAUCAACUCUAUGGAUCUAUUCCUAAGGAGUUAGGAAAAUUGACAUCUCUUCAAGGGUUAUUUUUGAAUUCAAAUAGCCUUAAUGGUCAAAUUCCUAUCUCACUUGGGAACUUGCAAAAUUUAAAAUUCUUGUUUCUCUACACCAACAAUCUAUCAGGCCAUAUCCCACAAGAACUUGGAUUGUUAAAAUCUCUUGUUGUGUGUGAUCUAUCAUCAAAUGCUCUCAUGGGUCAAAUUCCACUGGAAAUUGGGUCAUUAAUUUCACUUACCGAGAUAAAUUUCCGGUCAAACAAACUCAUUGGUCAAAUUCCGACCUCAAUUGGAAACUUGAGGAAUUUGACAAUCAUUUAUCUUGACCAAAAUCAAAUUUUUGGCAAUAUCCCUUUAGAAAUGGGAAACUUGUCAAAGUUGACAAACUUAGGUUUAUCUGAAAAUCAACUCUAUGGAUCUAUCCCUGAGGAGUUUGGAAAAUUGAAAUCUCUUCAAAAAUUGUGGUUGUAUUCAAAUAAUCUCAAUGGCCAAAUUCCACGCAGUUUUGAUAAUUUCACUCAUUUAAUCACAUUUCAAGUUUUCGAUAAUCAUCUCACUGGUUCUUUGCCAGAGAAUUUGUGUCUUGGCCAGUCACUUGAAAAUGUAUCUGUUGCAUACAACGAAUUUAGUGGAAAGAUUCCUAAAAGCCUGAAGAAUUGUACAACCCUUUACAGGCUCAGGCUAGAAAGUAAUGAGCUUUACGGAGACAUAUCAAAAGAUUUUGGGAUAUAUCCGAACCUAGAUUAUAUAGAUUUGAGUUACAAUAACUUUUACGGUCGAUUGUCAUCAAAAUGGGCUCUUUGUCCAAAACUUACUGCUAUGAAGAUGGCAGGCAAUCGAAUUACUGGAAAUAUCCCACUUCAACUCAGUAAUGCAUCUCAACUGAGGUAUCUUGAUCUCUCAUCAAAUCAGUUGGUUGGAAGGAUUCCUGGAAGUUUGGGAAAGUUGAGUUUGUUAUAUAUGCUAAAGUUAGAUAAUAACAGACUUACAGGCAACAUACCACUAGAAGUUGGGGAACUAUCUUGGCUUGAAGACCUAAAUUUAGCCUCUAAUAAGUUUGUUAACUCAAUUCCCCAACAAAUUGGAAGAUGUGAACGCCUAAUUACAUUGAAUCUGAGCAGAAAUAUGCUUGUGGGCAAGAUUCCUCCUGAUAUGCUAAGCUUGAAAUCCCUUGAAAAUCUUGACCUCAGUCACAACAUCCUCUCUGCUCAGAUACCACCACAAGUUGGGAAAUUAACAAACUUACAAACAUUGGACUUAUCACACAAUAAUUUAUCAGCCUCCAUCCCAUCAACCAUUGCUCAAUGUGUNAUUGGAUUGUUAAAAUCUCUUGUUGUGUGUUAUCUUUCAUCAAAUGCUCUCACGGGUCAAAUUCCUCCAGAAAUAGGGAAUUUGUCAAUGUUGACAAAUUUAUCCCUAUUUCAAAAUCAACUCUAUGGACCCAUCCCUAAAGAGAUAGGGAAAUUGAGAUCUCUUCAAAGCUUAAGGUUGGACUCAAAUAACCUUAGUGGCAAAAUUCCCACCACAAUUGGAAAUUUAAAAAGGUUGAAAUGGUUGAAUCUUAAACACAACAAUCUAUCAGGUCAUAUUCCUCGAGAAAUUUGGUUGUUAAUUUCACUUGUAGAGAUUGAUUUCCGAUCAAAUGCUCUCACAGGUCAUAUUCCUACUUCAAUUGAAAACUUGAGGAAUUUGACUAUAUUUUAUCUUGAUGAGAAUCAAUUUUCUGGCAAUAUUCCUCAAGAAAUAGGGAACUUGUCACAAUUGGUAUAUUUAUCUUUACUUGGAAAUAAACUCUAUGGACCGAUCCCUAAGGAGUUAGGAAAAUUGGCAUCUCUUCAAGGGUUAUGGUUGUACUCAAAUAACUUUAGUGGUCAAAUUCCUAUCUCAGUUGGGAACUUGCAAAAUUUAAAAUUCCUGUCUCUUUGCACCAACAAUCUAUCAGGCCAUAUCCCUCAAGAACUUGGAUUGUUAAAAUCUCUUGUAGUGUGUGAUCUUUCAUCAAACACUCUCACGGGCCAAAUUCCUCCGGAAAUAGGGAACUUGUCAAUGUUGGUAAAUCUAUCUCUAUGGGAAAAUCAACUCUAUGGAUCUAUUCCUAAGGAGUUAGGAAAAUUGACAUCUCUUCAAGGGUUAUUUUUGAAUUCAAAUAGCCUUAAUGGUCAAAUUCCUAUCUCACUUGGGAACUUGCAAAAUUUAAAAUUCUUGUUUCUCUACACCAACAAUCUAUCAGGCCAUAUCCCACAAGAACUUGGAUUGUUAAAAUCUCUUGUUGUGUGUGAUCUAUCAUCAAAUGCUCUCAUGGGUCAAAUUCCACUGGAAAUUGGGUCAUUAAUUUCACUUACCGAGAUAAAUUUCCGGUCAAACAAACUCAUUGGUCAAAUUCCGACCUCAAUUGGAAACUUGAGGAAUUUGACAAUCAUUUAUCUUGACCAAAAUCAAAUUUUUGGCAAUAUCCCUUUAGAAAUGGGAAACUUGUCAAAGUUGACAAACUUAGGUUUAUCUGAAAAUCAACUCUAUGGAUCUAUCCCUGAGGAGUUUGGAAAAUUGAAAUCUCUUCAAAAAUUGUGGUUGUAUUCAAAUAAUCUCAAUGGCCAAAUUCCACGCAGUUUUGAUAAUUUCACUCAUUUAAUCACAUUUCAAGUUUUCGAUAAUCAUCUCACUGGUUCUUUGCCAGAGAAUUUGUGUCUUGGCCAGUCACUUGAAAAUGUAUCUGUUGCAUACAACGAAUUUAGUGGAAAGAUUCCUAAAAGCCUGAAGAAUUGUACAACCCUUUACAGGCUCAGGCUAGAAAGUAAUGAGCUUUACGGAGACAUAUCAAAAGAUUUUGGGAUAUAUCCGAACCUAGAUUAUAUAGAUUUGAGUUACAAUAACUUUUACGGUCGAUUGUCAUCAAAAUGGGCUCUUUGUCCAAAACUUACUGCUAUGAAGAUGGCAGGCAAUCGAAUUACUGGAAAUAUCCCACUUCAACUCAGUAAUGCAUCUCAACUGAGUGAUGAUGGCUUAAAUAUAAAUUUGGUGGUGAUCAUGUCAAUAGUCUUGGGAAGUCUCUUUCUAUUUACCAUGGUUAUUAUCAUUUUUGUUAUUUUUCAACGGAAGAUGAGAAAUACAAGGGAGGAGCAAAGAGAUUUUACUAAUAAAGAUUUGUUCACAAUAUGGAGCUUUGAUGGAAAGAUGACAUAUGAAAGCAUAAUUGAAGCAACAGGGAACUUCGACUCUAGUUAUUGCAUUGGUGUAGGAGGGCAUGGGAGUGUGUUUAGGGCUGAGCUUCCUUGUGGUCAGAUAGUUGCCGUGAAGAAGUUUCAUACAUUAGGCGUGCAAGAUGAUGAAAGCUGGCAUGAUCUCAGAAGUUUUUCAAAUGAGAUAAGCACAUUAACAAAUUUGAGGCAUCGAAAUAUUGUGAACCUCUAUGGUUUUUGUGCUCACAAUAGACAUUCAUUCUUGAUUUAUGAGUAUUUACAAGGGGGGAGUCUAGCACAAAUUUUGAGUGAUGAUGAGAAAGCACUGCAGGUGGGAUGGUUGGAAAGGAUAAAUGUGAUCAAAGCUGUGGCUAAAGCUUUAUCGUACAUGCACCAUGAUUGUUUACCUCCUAUCAUUCAUCGGGACAUAUCAAGCAACAAUAUUCUGUUCGAUUCUGAGCAUGAAGCUCAUGUAUCCGAUUUCGGGGCAGCAAGAUUUUUGAGCCUUGAUUCAUCAAAUUGGACUUCAAUUGCUGGAACCAUGGGAUAUACAGCUCCAGCUUCCCAUUUCAACACUACAAAGACCCAUUCAUUAUUGCUUGCAAAGAAUUUGCGAGAAGCAAAUGAAUUGGAAGUGGCUUCUUUGUUGACAUGGAAGUCCAGCCUUGACCUCACAAGUCAAAAACUAUUGUCAUCAUGGGUUGUUGGUGGCAGCCACUGCAAUUGGACUGGAAUUAACUGCAACGUUGAUGGAAGCAUUACAUCCUUGAACCUUACUGGCUAUGGUUUACGAGGUACGCUCAGGGGCCUAAACUUUUCAUCCAUGUCCUAUUUAGAAAUCAUUGAUUUGUCUGUCAACGCUUUCCAUGGUAACAUUUCUUUUAUUGAAGAAAUGUCCAAUUUGCAAAAUUUAACGACCUUGGAUCUCGGCAGUAAUCAAUUAUUGGGUCAUAUCCCUCAAGAAAUUGGAUUGUUAGUAUCAAUUGUGGAGUUGGGAUUGUAUGAUAACUCUCUUAUUGGUCCAAUUCCUACUUCAAUUGGGAACUUGAAAAACUUAAAAUGGUUGUAUCUUGGCGUCAACAAUCUUUCAAGUAAGAUCCCUCCAGAAAUAGGGAACUUGUCAAUGUUGGUACAUUUAUCUCUAGCUGAAAAUCGACUCUAUGGGUCCAUUCCUAGGGAGUUAGGAAAAUUGACAUCUCUUCAAAGGUUAUGGUUGUAUUCAAAUAAUCUUAAUGGCCAAAUUCCUAUCUCACUUGGGAACUUGCAAAAUUUAAAAAUCUUGUCCCUUUACACCAACAAUCUAUCAGGUCAUAUCCCUCAAGAACUUGGAUUGUUAAAAUCUCUUGUAGUGUGUUCUCUUUCAUCAAACACUCUCACGGGCCAAAUUCCUCCGGAAAUAGGGAACUUGUCAAUGUUGGUAAAUUUAUCUCUAUGGGGAAAUCAACUCUAUGGAUCCAUUCCUAAGGAGUUAGGAAAAUUGACAUCUCUUCAAGGGUUAUGGUUGUAUUCAAAUAACCUUAGUGGUCAAAUUCCUAUUUCACUUUGGGAACUUGCAAAAUUUAAAAUUCUUGUCUCUUUACACCAACAAUCUAUCAGACGAUAUCCCUCAAGAACUUGGAUUAUUAAAAUCUCUUGUUGUGUGUUCUCUGUCAUCAAACGCUCUCACGGGUCAAAUUCCUCCGGAAAUAGGGAACUCAAACGCUCUCACGGGUCAAAUUCCUCCGGAAAUAGGGAACUUGUCAAUGUUGGUAAAUUUAUCUCUUCCGGAAAUAGGGAACUUGUCAAUGUUGGUAAAUUUAUCUCUAUGGGCAAAUCAGCUCUAUGGAUCCAUUCCUAA